CCCUCAUCCACUUACAUACACAACCAAAACUCUUACGUAUAGAUAAAAAAAACAAAUGGGGUGUUUGUUUCCUCCGAGAUUUUCGAUCCGGCUGUGCAAGGCGGAGCUGGUGACGCCGAAGGAGGCGACGCCGCGGGAGAAGAAGCCGCUGUCGGACAUCGACGACCAGGCCAGCCUCCGGUACCACAUGCCGGGGCUGUGGUUCUACGAGGCCAGGCCGUCGAUGCGGGACGUGGACCCCGCCGCCCUGGUGAAGGACGGCCUGGCCAAGGCGCUGGUGUUCUACUACCCCUUGGCGGGCCGCCUCUUCGAGGGGCCCAACAAGAAGCUGGUGGUGGACUGCAACGGGGAAGGCGCGCUCUUCGUGCGGGCCGAGGCUGAUGUGGCAUUGGCGAAGCUGGGCCGCUUCGUCCAGUCGCCGUGCCCGUAUCUUAAGAAGCUUCAGUAUCACGUCCCCGGCUCCGACGGUAUCACCGGCGCCCCUCUCCUCCUUAUUCAGGUGACUCGUUUCACUUGCGGCGGCUUUGCAUUGGGCGUCCGGUUCAACCACACCAUGGUCGACGGCUACGGUGUCGCCCUCUUCUUGAACGCCGUUUGCGAAUUGGCAAACGGCGCUUCCGCGCCCUCUGUUCUCCCUGUUUGGGAGAGAGAGCUCCUGACCGUAGAGUCAAAGGAGACGGCCCUAGCCAGGAGCCACUCCAGCGCAACGCGCGACCUCCAGGGCCUGUACGGGUUGGUCGCGCGUCGCAAGCGCUUCUUCAAGCCGCUCGACAUGGAGCGGUGGGCCGGCGUGAUUUUGAACUUUGAUAAGGUGGCGGCGAUGCCGCGCUUCUUCUUCUUCCCGGGAAUACUGAGGCCGAUCUUGCUCCAGCGCUCCUUCCUCGUCGGGCCGAAGGAGAUCCAGGUUCUGAAAGACCAGGCCGUGGCGCAAGGCUACGGCCAGUGCACCACGUUCGAGGUCGUUGCUGCAUGUCUGUGGAAAUGCCGCACCGUGGCGUUGCAGCCCGAUCCUUCUAUGACGGUUCGGGUCACGUUCCCCACGGACAUUCGCGGAAGAUCGUCUGCCACGGAAUUGCCGCUCCCCCGAGGGUACUACGGGAACGCCAUUGUGAUGCUCUCCGCCUCCACGACAGCAAAGCAGUUAAGCGAGAGCCCCAUCAGCUACGCCAUCGAGCUGAUCAGAGAGGCAAAGGGCAAACUAAGCUCCGAUUACGUGAACUCGGUGAUGGAUUUCAUGGUGUGCAACGGGCGACCGAGGAUGUCUGUGUUCGGGAACAUAUUGGUUUCGGACAUAUCGAGAAUCGGUCUUGAAAAGCUCGACUUUGGUUGGGGGGAUGCGAUAUUUGCCGGCGCCUCCACCGCCGCCUACGGAGCCACCUUCUUAGAACGUCCGAAGAGCGCCGCCGCCGGUUCGGAGAGGAGCAUUUUGGUGCCCAUUGCUUUGCCUCACAUUUCUAUGAUGAUUUUCAAACGCGAGUGGAAGAAGAUGACUACGCCUUCCUCUUAGAGACCGGCCUGCCGGUUCACCCUCAAAGUCGUACAUAUAUAAAUUAAAUACACUACUAGUAAAGUUAUUUAUUGGGAAAAUUUUGAAAAGUUAUAAACAUCACACCCAUGGGAUAAUAUUUCCUUUAUGUGAUGUCAAGUGUAGUGUCAAAUUUAUUAUUGGUUAAAAAAGAUAGGGUACACAUGUACGACUAUAAAAAAAGUAUCAUUGGCUCUACAUGUCAUUGGCAUGUUGAACAAUUAUCAUGUAAAAUAGCAUGGAAGAGAGUGUGCUUCUUGUUGUAUUUUAAUCAAAUUCUUAAUGCAUAUGGUGGCUAGUGGUGAGCUUUGCGUCAUCUGACCGAAGCAUUAUAUCUCACCGUAAGAAGUCUGACAUGCUCAUGGAAUGCUUGGCGGGGUGAAACGGUCUUGCCACUCCACACCAAGCAAGAAUUUCAGUGAUGUGGCACAGUGAGUCGAGGAGAUGCCACAAUGUUGAUGACCAUUUUGAUGGAGGAGAGGGUGUGCGAGUGAUGUAGGAUCAACGGGUUGUUUGUGAACAUUACUUACUCUGAAGCUUAAUUAGUAUGGUGUAACAUUGUAUUCUUUAGUAAUGUUUGAUAUAUUUGGUGUUUGGACGCUUGGAAACAUAAAGGGUUUUUUGUGCU